CAGUUACACUACUACCGUACAGGUCGGAGAGCCACCGCCAACAACGCAGGUGGAUACGGAACAUGUUCGGGGACAAGAAGUCACUACAAGCCUUUGGUCAUCUCGAGUGACGGGAGACCUAUAUCUUUGUACUGAGCUUGAUGGAGACGCCAGAUGACUACACUUUGCACGUUAACAGACUUCUUGCGGCCCUCGUUCUCGAAUCCGUGUACGGACAUCUAACCACGUCCCUGGGGGAGCAGUACGUCAAGCUUACGGACACUGCCAUGGAAGCAACGAACGCGACUGGAGCGUUAGGCGGAACGCUAGUGGACAUGAUACCAUUUUUGAAGUAUGUAUCCGCUUGGAUGCCGGGUGCAAGCUGGAAGAGAGCCGCACUGCAUGCGAAGCAGCUUGUAUGGGAGGGCCCACCAUAUAAGUACCGUACCGCAUGGCGCGAGAGACGCUCGCGUCGGGCAGUCCACCGCCAUCAUUGAUAUCUACCCUCAUAGAGAACGCAACUAAGACCGGACGAC